AAACGAAAAAAAUUCUUUGUCUUCUCUCUCUGUAAUAUAUAUGGAUGCGUAUAUUGUGUUCUUGUUCCCUAGCACUCACUUUCUCUUUACCUUGGUGUUCUUUAAGACAGCUUUGUCUUAAUUUUGGCAAGACUCUCUUUUAUGAAAUGUCUCCCUCUCUCCUAAUGGAUUCGAGUUCUUCAACCCUCCUUUUGCGUCCAUCCAUUGAACCAAGAGCUGAGGAUAAUAAUGUUGUUCUUUUUGACCCAUCCAAGUUGCAAAAACAAGCAAACAUACCCGCAGAAUUCGUUUGGCCGCAUGUGGACCUGGUUCACACUCAGGAAGAGCUUAACGAGCCCUUGAUAGACUUGGAAGGGUUCAUCAAAGGAGACGACGAGGCUACUUCCCAUGCAGUCGACCUCGUCAGGUCUGCCUGCUUGAACCAUGGUUUCUUCCAAGUUACCAACCAUGGUGUGGAUGCAACUCUCAUUCAAGCUGCGUACGAAGAAAUUGAUCCAGUGUUCAAGAUGCCCCUUAACAAGAAGCUCAGUUUCCAGAGAAAGCCUGGCGAUUUCUCAGGUUUUUCCGCUGCCCAUGCGGACCGUUUUUCGUCCAAGUUGCCGUGGAAGGAAACAUUUUCUUUCGGGUACCAUGGAAAUAACUCGGACCCUGUCGUGGUUGAUUAUUUUAGGGCUGCGUUGGGGGAAGAUUUUGAACACACCGGGUGGAUUUACCAAAAUUAUUGUGAAAAAAUGAGGGAAUUGUCUCUAGUCAUAUUUGAGCUGUUGGCAGUCAGCUUAGGAGUGGACCGUAUGCACUAUCACAAAUUUUUCGAAGAUGGCAACUCAAUAAUGAGGUGUAACUACUAUCCCCCCUGCAAUAAUUCUGGUCUCACCCUUGGCACCGGCCCUCAUUGCGACCCAACUUCCUUGACAAUACUUCACCAAGACCAAGUUGGAGGGCUUGAAGUUUUCGCGAAUAACAAAUGGCAAACAGUCCGACCUCGGCCAGAUGCCCUAGUCAUUAACAUUGGUGAUACUUUCAUGGCAUUAUGUAAUGGGAGAUACAAGAGCUGCCUGCACAGGGCAGUGGUGAACAGCGAGAGAGUGAGGAGAUCAUUGGUUUACUUUGUGUGCCCCAAAGAGGACAAAGUGGUGAGACCCCCGCAGGAUCUUGUUUGCAGAGAUGUGCCGAGACUGUACCCCGAUUUCACAUGGUCCGAUCUCUUGGAGUUCACUCAAAAGCACUACCGAGCUGACGUCGACACCCUCCAAAGCUUCUUCCCCUGGCUCCUCUCUUCCAAGCCUUCCAACUUCUAGUUGCUUUUAUCGCUUGCUCUCUUCUCGCUCUCUCUCUCUCUCUAUCUAUAUAUAUAUAAUUAUCUUCACCACUGUCUACUCUUUCCCUCUUGCUUGGCCUAAUUUCUCAUAUCAUAUGUAUUCUCUCUCUCUCUUUUUUGGGUUAAGUCAAAAUAUUAAUUCAUUGAUGGAAUUUCAAGAUUCAGCCAAUACAAGUAACA